AUGUGUAAGAAGUUCAGCUACAGCUAUUUUGUAGAUCAUCACCUGACACUGCCUAAUGGUGAUAGGUUGCAAGUGGAACACCUCUGUGAUAUGUUAAGGGCCUUUUACGUGCCAAGUAAUCCUCCAACAAUAGUAAGAGGCUCAAAUCAUAAAGUGAAAUGUUCAUGUACUGCAAAUCAACUACAUGAGGCAGGACUGAAAUUUGAAGUUCAUCAAGAUAGAGGCAUAUUCGAGCUGGAAUGUUCAGAGGGAGUCUUCAAAAUGCCACUUAUUCGGAUUAAUGUAAUGACUGAGAUUAUGCUCCGAAAUUUGGUUGCGUUUGAGCAGUGUCAUCACAAUUUUGAGAAGUAUUAUGUUACUAACCACAUGUUCCUCUUGUAUAAUCUUAUCAAAACUGGAAAGGACGUCGAAAUUCUUGUUGAAAAGGGAAUCAUGGAGAACUUUUUGGGGGACAAUAAUGAUGUGGCUACCAUGAUUAUCAAACUUUCCCAACAAGUUGUGUUUGCAGGCAUCAAUACUAAUUAUGGCAAUCUAUAUGUAAAGCUGGAUGUAUAA